UACAGCCAAAACAUCCUACGGUAUGAAAUAGUGGUGGUGCCCGGUGAUUCGAAGCUAAGCCAGCACUGUAGUUAACACCUUCGUCUUGACAACAGCUAACCAGUCUGGUCAACAUGCCGAUCACCAAGAUUCUAAUGAACAUUGGAAUGUUCAUCUUCUAUUUCAUAUUCUUUGACACAAUGUUGAUGGUUAACUGCUGGACCGUCCAAGGAAAGAAAUGGUCCACUGAGCUGGACUCAGAAGAGAAAUCUCCUGAUGUAGCUGAAGUUGAGGACUACUCCGACGUCGAUGAUCUGGCUGCGGAACGCCAAAAGCAAGUCCGUUGCAGAUGUAUGUCAGCGUUGAAGCAAGAGGAACCACUCCUAGAUUUAACUGAAACCUCAGUGGCUAUCUCGAUAAUUGCAGUUAUUUUUUCGGUGAUCGCUGCUCAUUUGUACUUGACUGAGAAGAUGGUGCGCAGCCUUUUGGCCGCCUUUCCCAAAUGCAACUACUACAAGAAAAUUGCAAUUGGGGAUAUAAUCUUUUCUAUCUUCAUGAUUCUCAUCUCAGUUGUUACUUUGUGGGUUACCUUCGAAGUAGGAAAACCCGGAGAAUGUCCUAUUUAAUAUUUUAUUUGCGUUUAAUGACAUAACUACACUUUGAGGGCAUUUUUC